UCUGACAAAGUAGGAAACAGGUGGAAGAGAAAGUCAGUGUUGGUUUAGCGUGACAACCAUGAGCAGCAACUUUCUUUGUGCUCUUCUCAUACUUGCCUUCCUGGAAUCAGGCAAAUCAAACAGUGAUGUUUCUAUCAGUCACAGUCGUGAUGGAGAUGGUCAGAACAUUACCUGUGUCCUCUCAGGGGACGAGAAUAUGACACAAAUCAACUGGGAGAUGCUAAGAGGCCCGAAUCGCACCAAACUGGGCACGUAUCAUCCAUAUUUUGGAACUUACAUAAAUGGUGACUAUAAGACUACAGUGAAGAUACAGAAAAAAACAUCUCCACGUCAAUCAUCAUCCCUUAUCAUUAAAGUAGCAUCAAAUGAGAGUGUUGUGCACAUCUGCUGUGCAUUCAUAACAUUUCCUUCUGGUAAACUGGAGCAGUGUACUGAUAUCAGUAAGAAAGAUGUCAGUAUCAACGCGUCUACGAUAAAAGAUUUUACUUACAUGGAGCAAAAACCAAAGCUGGGAAUAUUUGGACGUUUGGGUGCAAUUAUCAUUGGAACGAUUCUUUCCCUUUUAAUCCUGACCAUCCUAUUCUACUUAUGCAGAAAUAACAACUGCAGAAGGAUGAAGUCUUUUGAAAUACGAACCAACCGGACAGACUCACCGUCUGAGACACAUGCAGAAGAAUCAGAUGAUGCACCAACUUCUCAAAGUUCUCCAAAUGGCUUUGACCCCUCAAAACUUUAUGCCAAGAUCAAAAAAGACCUUUUCUAUGGCCGGCUGUGGAAGUCUUACCAAGGCCAACCCAAAGCAUGGACACAAGGUACAAUGACUGAUCAAGGACAUGUUUAUCACCUGUUAGGACAGAGUCCCUUACCAAAGAGAAAUGUAGAGGGCAGCCCCUUGAGGCCAGAUACAACUGAAUGAUUAUUUCAGCAGUUCAUCCAGUCUUUCCAGAGCAACCUAAUCAUAUUUGUGUAAAGUAAAAUAGUAUAAAGCUAAUACUAAUGUAUUGCAUAAAUAACAAUUAUUAAAUGAAUAAAUAUUUUGUUUUCAGAUUAAGAAACAUGCAUGUUUUCAUCACUGAAUAAUCUCAUGAAUCUUUUAAUGUUAC